AUGUUAGCAUCAAUGGCCGAAAAUUACGAUAAAUUUCCAGAAAUGUAUAGACAAUUCGAGAUUAAAUUUUGGGCGAUGUAUGGGACCUUCGUUGUUUUCAGUAUAAUCCAAAGCCGGCCGAUAACAAAAUCGACAACCUGUGGAUAUGAGGCCUGUGCAAAAGUCGAUCCAAAUAAACUAAAUAUUCACAUUGUCGCUCAUAGUCAUAAUGAUGUAGGCUGGUUAAAAACAGUGGACGAAUAUUAUUAUGGAAAUCAAAAUAAUAUACAAAAGGCAGGUGUCCAGUAUAUUCUUGACUCGGUAAUCCAAUCUUUGCAAGAAAAUCCAGAAAGAAGAUUUAUUUAUGUGGAAUCAGCAUAUUUGUUUAAGUGGUGGGAUAAACAAAAUGAAAAAAUCAAGACAAUUGUUCGAUCCUUAAUUAAUGAAGGAAGACUCGAAAUAAUUGGUGGAGGAUGGAGCAUGAAUGAUGAAGCAGUGACUCACUAUCAGUCUGUAAUUGACCAAUUAUCUUGGGGUUUUAGGAGAUUGAAUGAUACUUUCGGAGAAUGUGCGAGGCCUAAAAUUGGAUGGCAAAUUGAUUCUUUCGGACACUCAAGAGAACAGGCAGCAAUAUUUGCCCAAAUGGGAUUCGAUGGUCAACUUUUUGCCCGUAUUGAUAUUCACGAUAAAGCACAACGAUUUGCCACUAAAACGGCCGAAUUCAUUUGGAGGGGUAGUCCCAGUUUAGGCGAGAAUGCGAAUUUAUUCACAUCCGUACUUUAUUACCAUUAUAAUGCACCUUAUGGUUUUUGUUUCGAUAUUAAUUGUAAAGACGAACCUUUGAUUGACGACCCUGACAGUCCAGAUUUCAAUAUACAUCGAAGAGUGGCACAAUUUUUGCAUUUUGUUAACGCCCAAGCAAAAUCAUACAAGACAAAUAAUGUUAUACUUACUAUGGGAGACGACUUUACAUAUCAAGUGGCAAAUUCAUGGUAUACAAAUUUGGACAAACUUAUCAGAUAUAUUAAUUUCUAUAAUGGAACCAAAUUUAAUGCAAUGUAUUCAACUCCGUCUUGCUACUUAAAAGCUCUAAAUGAAGAACAAAUAUCAUGGCCAUCGAAAAGUGAUGAUUUCUUCCCUUACGCUUCCGAUAGUCAAUCGUAUUGGACUGGCUACUAUACUUCUCGACCAACGAUUAAAUAUUUCGAAAGAAUGAGCAACAACUUUUUACAAGUAGUGAAACAGCUUUCGGUUCUAAGCAAUGAGCCAAAUGAUGCGAAAUUGGAUAAAUUUCGUGAAGCCAUGGGAAUUUUACAACAUCACGAUGCUAUCACAGGAACAGAACAAGAACACGUUGCACACGAUUAUGCUCGAAUUUUAUCCAAAAGUAUAACAGACGCAGAAGAAAUAAGUUCCAAGGCCUUGAGGUUUAAUUUUAUUUUUAUUCAUUUAUACUAUUCUAAGUAUCCAGAAUUUUUUUCAUGUCCACUAUUAAAUAUAAGUUCAUGCAAGCACACAGAAAAUAAUCAAAAUUUUCUUGUUACUGUUUACAAUCCAACAAGUCACCCUCUAUCUACUUAUGUUCGAUUUCCUGUCAAAGGGACAUCAUAUCGAGUAAAAAAUCACAAAGGAAACGAAAUCGUAACACAAGUAGUACCAAUUUCAAAUCAAAUUAAAAAAAUCCCUGGCCGAAAAACAUCUGCUUCAUAUGAACUUGUAUUUUUGGCAACUAGAAUAAAUCCUUUAGGUUAUUCAUCAUUUUAUGUUAGCCAGCAUCCUCCGAAAAAUCCAGUUGAAUCAAACGCUUUAGGUGAAAAUAAAAGUACUGGUGGUUCAAACAAGGCAUUCGGUAUCAGUCUUGACGCAACUGGAAAAGUUAUUAUCAAAUCUACAAUUAAGAGUGGAGUUCAAUUAACACAAUCAUUUCAUUACUAUGAGGGAGCUCAAAGUAUUAACCGGGGAAUUCAAAAUCCUGUUUCUGGUGCCUAUAUCUUUAGACCAAAUCAAACUACUGGACUUCGAAAUUUUCACUUUCGAGGACAUUUCCAACUACACAGAGGUCCCUUGGUUGAUGAGCUUCAAAUGACUGUUAACGAAUGGAUCAGCCAGGUGGUCAGAGUCUAUGCUGACGACGAAAGAAUUGAAUUUAACUGGCUCGUUGGUCCCAUUGAUAUUAAUGACAAAAUUGGGAAAGAAAUAAUAACUAAAUACACAACAGACUUGCGAUCAAAUGGGGAAUUUUUAACAGACAGCAAUGGUCGAGAAAUGUUAGAACGAAAGAGAAAAGUUAGACAAUCCACAUGGAAUUCAGAGUUCAGCGAGACAGUUGCUGGAAAUUACUAUCCAGUAACAACAAAAAUUUCCCUAAGAGAUGAAGAAAGAAACUUGAAACUGGCUGUACUUACUGACAGGGCACAAGGUGGCAGUAGUUUGACGGAUGGUGAAAUUGAACUGAUGGUUCAUCGAAGGUGUUUGAAGGAUGAUGGCCAAGGUGUAAGAGAAGCUUUAAAUGAGACUGCUUAUGGAAUAGGAAUAGUAGCCAGAGGGAAACAUUCUGUGCUUUUUGGAAGCCAGUCCAAUGAAUUCGUACUUCAAGAAAAAAAUGAGGCUCUGAGAUUGUCCCAUCAACCCUGGAUUUUUAUCAGUCCUCUUGAAACCACAUCCUAUGAGGAUUGGAAGGCAAAUUAUAAGAUGCAUAGUUCUGGUCUAGCUAAAAUUUUACCUCGUAACGUUCAUAUCCUGACGUUAGAACCAUGGAGAGACGGAAGUGUUUUAUUGAGACUGGAGCACCUCUUUGAAUCAAACGAAUCAGCCAAAUUUUCGAAGCCUGUUAUCGUAAAUUUAAAGGACCUAUUCUCAAAUUUCACUGUGACUGCAGUUCAUGAAACAACACUGGGUGGUAAUCAGUGGUUGGAGGAUAGCCAACGUCUCAAAUGGGUGCCCGAAAAAGACUAUGUAGUGGAAAACAAUUAUACUUUCGAACCUAUUAUCUCUGAAAAUGAGAUGAAUGUGCUCUUGAUGCCAAUGCAAAUUCGUACCUUUAUUGUGGAUCUUAUUCCAUACAUCUGGGAUCACUGGCUGCAAAGUGCAGACUGCAUGAAAGUUCAACGUACCGAAAUUUUCGACGCCUUCUGCGCCAUGCUGUGUGAGAAUCACAAUGAUUCAAAUGGAGGCCUGUGA